GUGCCUGUUCUGCAUGGAUAAAGGUAUUUUUAUGAUAUUUAUCUAGAAAAAUAUUGUAUUAACAUUUUAUCUUAUUGUUUUCUUUUUUUUUUUUGAAACAAAGUCUGACUUUGUCGCCCAGUCUUAAUUGCAGUGGUGCGAUCUUGGCUCACUGCAACUUCUCCCUCCCAGGUUCAAGCAAUUCUGCCUCAGCCUCCUGAGUAGCUGGGAAUACAGGUGCUGGCCAUGACACAAGGCUAAGUUUUCUAAUCUUUUGUUAUCUUCUCAGUGCUAUGAUUGUUUGACAAUACAGAAUUUCCAUUGAUUUUGGUUAUCCUUACAUGAGCUUGUUGUGGAUCAUUUACCAAUAUAGUAUAUUGUGUGGUCCUAUAGCAUUUAUUUGUAUACAGUAAAUAUGCUGUAAGUAUGAAGAAUACAUUUUUUUCUUCUUUCAUAGACAGUGAUGUUUUUUGCAAACUCUCAUACACUUUAGGGUCACAGUGGAAAAACACUCCUUACUUUAGGCUUACACAUGUUUGUGCCCUGUCAGUGUUUUGUCAUGAUAUUAGAAAUAGGCUUCCAUAGAAAUGAUUUGAAGUACAUGCAAUCGCCCUUUAUUUAUUAUAGAAUCUUACUCCUUUCGUGUUCCUAAACUUUGAAGCUCAUAUUUGGAAAGUUUAAAAUAAGAAUUUUUUUUUGGUUCAUAUUUACACAUUUCAGUAUUGUUUAUCAUCUGUACUUAAUUAGAAACCUAUUGGUGUUUAUAUUUUGUAGAUAUCUCUUCCAAAUGCAUGAUGAAGGUGUUCUCAUCCACAGCACAAGGCAAUAGAGAAGUGAUCCACACAGGGACAUUGCAAAGACAUGAAAGUCAUCACAUUAGAGAUUUUUGCUUCCAGGAAAUUGAGAAAGAUAUUCAUAACUUUGAGUUUCAGUGGCGAGAAGAUGAAAGAAAUGGUCACGAAGCACCCAUGACAGAAAUCAAAGAGUUGACUGGUAGUACAGACCGACAUGAUCAAAGGCAUGCUGGAAACAAGCCUAUUAAAGGUCAGCUUGGAUCCAGCUUUCAUUCGCAUCUGCCUGAACACAUAUUUCAGCCCGAAUGGGAAAUUGGUAAUCAAGUUGAGAAGUCUAUCAUCAAUGCCUCCUUAAUUUUGACAUCCCAAAGAAUUUCUUGUAGUCCCAAAACCCAUAUUUCUAAUAACUAUGGGAAUAAUUCCCUCCAUUCUUCAUUACUCACACAAAAAAUGGGAAGUACACAUGAGAGAAAAAUCUUUCCAAUGUAAUGAGAGUGGCAAAUCCUUUAAUUAUAGCCAACUCUUAAGGAAACAUCAGAUAAUCCAUUUAGGAUAGAAACAAUAUAAAUGUGAGGUAUGUGACAAGGUCUUUAAUCAGAAUUGAUUCCUUGUAUGCCAUAGUGGAUGUCACACUGGUAAGAAACCUUACAAUUGUUAUGAGUGUGGUGAGACCUUCAGUCAGACGUCAUCCUUUACAUGCUAUCGUAGACUUCAUACUGGAGGGAAACCUUACAAGUGUAGUGAGCAUAACAAGACCUUUAGUUGAAAUUCAGCCCUUGUAAUUCAUAAGGCAAUUCAUACUGGAGAGAAUCCUUGCAAGUGUAAUGAAUGUGGCAAGGUUUUUAAUCAGAAAGCACACCUUGCACGUCAUCAUAGACUUCAUACUGGAGAGAAACCUUACAAACAUGAAGAAUGUGAAAAAGUUUUCAGUCGCAAAUCACACCUUGAAAGACAAAAGAAAAACUUAAAAGAGGUGGCGUUGCCCUUGUUUUUGAGAAUGCCCUACUGUGUAAGUGGUAGCAUUCUUUCUUUUUUUUUUUUUUAAGACAGAGUCUCACCUGAGCGAGCCUCUGCACUGGCCGUAUUUAUUACUGUUAUUAAUUUUUUUGUUUUGAGACGGAGUUUCACUCUUGUUGCCCAGGCUGGAGUGCAAUGGUGCAAUCUUGGCUCACUGCAACCUCUGUCUGUUGGGCUCAAGCGAUUCUCCUGCCUCAGCCUCCCAAGUAGCUGGGACUACAGGUGCAUGCCACCAUGCCUGGUUAAUUGUUGUAUUUAUAGUGGAGAUGGGGUUUCUCCAUAUUGGUCAGGCUGGUCUUGAACCCUUGACCUCAGGUCAUCCACCCACCUCGGCUUUCCAAAACGCUGGAUUUACAGGCUUGAGCCACCGCGUCUGGCCUGAAGUGGUAUUUUUUAGAAAGUAACUAAACCUUUUUUCAGUUUAAUGACCCAGGGAUGU